CAGGAGGCUGGAGAUUGCUAGUCAUUUUCAUCACCAGCAUAGCAACGAAAAAAAAAAAUUAUGGAGAAAAACUGUACAACGUUCCCCGUCCAGCUUUAUAUUUACGACCUCUCAAAGGGAAUGGCGCGCCAGCUCAGCCCGAUAAUGCUCGGGAAGCAGCUGGAUGGAAUUUGGCACACAUCCAUCGUGGUGUAUGGAGAUGAAUUCUUCUUCGGUGGUGUGGGGAUCUCUAGCUGCCCUCCGGGUGGGACGAUGCUGGGGCCGCCCGAUUCUGUGGUGGAGUUGGGGAACACGGAGGUGAACGAGGAGAUCUUCAUGGACUACCUGUCCUCACUCGGAGAAACCACAUACAGAGGGGAGAGAUACAGGUUGUUUGAGCACAACUGUAACACCUUCACUAACGAAGUGGCUCAGUUUUUAACCGGCCGGAAGAUUCCUUCUUACAUCACGGACCUGCCGUCUGAAGUGCUCUCCACGCCGUUUGGUCAGGUCCUGAGGCCGAUCCUGGACUCCAUCCACAUUGCGCCCCCUGGUGGAAGUGUUAUCAACAGCCAGAAUAAUCACAGCUAGCAAUGCCUGAUCUGAUCUGAUCUGACUGGAUGGGAAAUAAACAGCAUAACAGAUUGUUAUUAGAUUGCGUACAGUUGUUAUUGUUGUUCGAGUUUUCACAAGGUCAGGGUAUGUGGAGACUGAUCGAUUGAUUGUAUUUUAACUUAUCAUUGCAAUUUCUAUUUAUUAACAAUAAUAUAAUUAAACGAUGUAUUAUGUUGCCAUAAAUAUUUAUUUGAUGUUCUGAUUUAAGCAGUGUGUAUCCUCUGUGUGUACUCUGUCGUAAUACUUGGAAUUUAAUAUUUAACAUGUAUAUUAUUAUAUUAUACAAAUGUAUUCAUCUCAAUAAAGAAAUGCAGCUGUUA